AUGCUUCAGCUCGGUAUCGUUAGACCUUCCAACAGCUCAUGGGCGUCGCCUCUGUACAUGGUCCCGAAGAAGGUCAUGGGAGACUGGCGUCCUUGCGGCGACUAUCGAGCCUUGAAUACAGUUAACACGCCCGAUCGCUAUCCGAUCCCUCACCUAGUGGAUCACACCGCCAGUCUGGAAGGUAAAAUUAUUUUCAGCAAAAUCGACUCAGUACGCGCAUACAACCAAAUCCCGGUAGCCGAAGCGGACAUCGCUAAAACCGCCGUGACGACUCCAUUUGGUUUGUUCGAGUUCCUGCGCAUGAACUUUGGCAUGAAGAACGCUGCGCAAACUUUUCAGCGUUUCAUCGACCAAGUUUGUCGCUGUUUAGACUUCGCUUACGCGGAUCUGGAUGACAUUUUAAUCGCAAGCUCUUCAGGAGAAGAGUACAUACGCCACUUACGAACGCUUUCGAUCGUUGAUCUCAACACGGGAAGAUGA